GUCCGUCAGGUGGGGUAGUGCUGUUGUCCAACUGCUCUCUAGAGAAGGACUCACAGUGCGCGUGCCACGCUGCGCAUUUUGAUCAAGCCGUUUUGUAGCCCCGCAGUCUACCUGUCUCAGCGUCUCUUACCCUAUAUAAGCUCGCGAGGCCUGAGGUGUCUCCUCACAGCUCUUCUGUCCUCAUUUUUUGACCUCUUCCGCUCAUCGUCUCUGAAGCCAUGACUGCCCCCGCCAUCGACAUGACCCCGAAGGGCCUCAUCAACCAGGACGGGAACUAUAUCCUCCAGCACGGCGAUGUGUACAAGUUGCUGAAGUACGUCUGGGCGGGCGUGCUCCUUCCCGUCGACGCACAGAGCUAUCAAGAGCGCCUGGACAUCUCUACGGACACCAUGGUCAAGCUCGAAGGCGUUCUCAAGGACCUCGUCGCUGCCUACGCCACGACCAAGAGCCACUGCGUUCCGUUCAAGGACACGACCUACCCUAGCAUCGUUUCCCUCGCCGACGACGUCUACAGCUAUGCCCAGAAUGCCGGAGGCACCGUAGAUGACUCCUACUACGCCCAAAUCUUCAAACUCAUCCGCCAGCUCCCCUCGGCCCAGGAGGCGGACCAGGCGCAGAUCAGGCAGAGCAUCAACGGCCUCAUCGACGUGCAGCUUGCCAACGUCGACGCCAUCGUGACGAAGGUCGCGGCGACCGUCAAGGCGCUCACCGACUUCGAGAACGAGUGCAUGUCGGACCAGUCGACGCUGACGACGCGCAACAAGGCCGUCAAGGACAGGCUCGACACCGAGGUCGGCCAGCUUGCCCAGCUCGAGACCAGCCUCGACAGCAACCGCCGCAUUAUUAGGGCCGACGAGGCGGCGUACGAAAAGGACGUUAUCAUUGCGUCUACCACCGUCACCUAUGCCUGGCUCUUUCCCAUCGGGACGGCCAUCGCGAUCGGCAUCGCCGUCACGUACGGGAAAGCGGCUGCCAAGCUCGAGAGCGCGAUCGGCGAGCUUAAGAAGGACAUCACCGACGAGGUGACCAAGAUCCAGGACGAGAAGCGCCUCAUCGCUGACCUCAACUGUAUCGGUGCGAACUUGACCGGCUUCCUCGCCUCGCUCUCCGCCGCUAUCCAGGUCGUCCAAGAGCUGCUCGGUAUCUGGCAGGGCAUCGGGGCGGACCUGAGCAACCUCAGGGGCAUGGUCAACAAGAACGUUCGCACGGCCAACGCGGCUAUCGCGGGCUUCGUCGACGAAAAGCUCGUGGGGAGAUGGAACGAUCUCGCGGCUUCUGUCGACAAGUAUCGCCAGGCUGCGUAUGUCACUCCCAUCCAGCAGUCCUCGCUGGACGAAUUCGCCGCGCAGAUCCAAGCCCAGGCGAACAAAGGAGCUUGAAGGGUUGAGUGUCACGCUGAAACUGGCUGGCCAUAUCGAAAUAGCUCGUCGAAAAUCCUUGAUCUCUACAAUUCUGUGGAUUCGUGCCCUAACAAUGUAUACUGCCGUACUUGACCUUGAA